AUGUCUCCCCCAACUGCAACUGCUGCAGAGGAUAUUACCCUCUCAUUAAAGACAACAAACCUCAAUGACGUCUCUGACCAAGGCAAGGAAAUCCUCGUCGACUUGACGAAGGGAAAGCCAGUAGGUGGCUAUGCUCCCUUCGCCCAUCUCCUUCCAGCUCCAACCCUCGCUCGUUACAAGAAGUACGGUAUCGACACCAGUAAGGGUUACCCAGAGGCCCCACCUCAGGCCGGAAUUCCAACCUUUGUGGACGAAGCUUAUGCGGUCAGAAACAAAGACUUUCCGUACAUCGAACGUGGGAAGAACGCUGACCCCGAGAAGAAGUCGUUGUUUGGAGCAGCCACCGAAGUUCGUCACUUGACCAAACAUAUCGGGACCGAGAUUGUGGGGUUGCAGUUACAGGCUUUGACGGACCAACAGAGAGACGAAUUGGCCCUUUUGAUCGCCGAAAGAGUGGUGGUCUUCUUCCGCGAUCAGGACUUGUCUCCUCAAAAGCAAUUGGAGUUGGGCGAGUACUACGGCCAGGUGGAGAAGCAUCCACAGGCUGUGCACGUCCCUGGAUUAGAGGGAAUUACUAUCAUCUGGCCUGAGUAUUUACACCAGGUCGGCGUGAAGAAUACCUUCAAACAGGUUAAAUACACAGCCAGAUGGCAUACAGAUUUGGUUCACGAACACCAGCCGGCGGGAAUUACCCAUCUCCAUAACGAUACCAUUCCAGAGGUUGGCGGUGACACGGUUUGGUCUUCUGGCUACGCGGCGUACGAUAAGUUGUCCCCAGCGUUGCAGGAAUUUUUGGACGGUAAGACUGCUAUCUACAUUUCGGCCCAUACAUACUUUGACAGGAACGAUCCGUUGAACGGGAAGAAGCACGUUGAGAGAGAACACCCGAUCAUCAGAACACACCCAGCCACUGGAUGGAAGUCGCUUUAUGUUAACCGUUCUAUGACCGACAGAAUUGUUGGGUUGGAGCCAGGCGAGUCGGCCGUAAUUUUGGAGUACUUGUUUGGAGUGUUUGAAAAGAAUUUGGACAUCCAGGUGCGUUUCAACUGGAAGCCAACCAAGCCAGGUUUGGGGACUUCUGCCUUGUGGGACAACCGAAUCUCCCAGCAUAAUGCCGUUUGGGACUAUGAAAACACCGAGCCACGCCAUGGGACCAGGGUUACGUCUUUGGCAGAACUUCCGUACUUUGACCCGGAGUCCAAGUCGCAACGUCAAAGCUUGGGGUUAUCUCUUGAUUAA